UACCUCAUGUUACAUUCAAACUUGAUUCUUGUUCUCUCAUUACGCAAUAGUUCGAAGAGGUGGUGUGAAGCUUGGGCGUCACAAUUGAGAUCUUCCAUGGCUUCUACUUCAAUCGACGAUUUGGUGGUUAUCGAAUUGAGGGAUCCUCUGUCGACCCAACCGGAGGUUCGGCAGAAGGAGAUUUUCAUUUCAACCACAGAGGUCCAUUUUUGGAAUCUCCCGUUGAUCCUCAGCAGCCAAAUCGUCAAAGUUCAAGCAAAUCGUAACAGGCUUAUUCAGGAAUCGUCCUACUUCCGAGGCUUACUCGGUGGAAGCUUUAGGGAAUCAUGUCUAGACCGUAUUUCAGUUAAUUGGAACCCGGAAACCGUAAUCAAUGUUCUGAAGUUUAUGUAUGGCUGUCAGCUGGACCUUACAUCCAAGAAUUUUGUUCGACUAUUGGAGGGUGCAUUAUUUUUCGGGGUGGAGUCACUUUUACUGGAAUGCAAGACAUGGUUCUCCAAGACAACCUCUACCAGGGGUCCUCAAUCACUGCAAAUAACAUUGGAUGCCAUUGUUGAAAUUUGGAACUUUGGAUUAGAGAAUGCCGUUGGUUUUACUGCAGAAAUAUGCACGGACUAUUUGGCAAAAAACUUUAUGUGGGCAAUGUCAUGUAGCUCCUUUUCUGAUGUUCCGUAUGACUUAUUAAGUUCUUGUGUGGAACAUCCUCAUCUGACCGUGGACAGUGAGAGGCAUUUGUGUGAAGCACUUCUGGUUUGGCUAGCUAGUAAUGAAGAAUCAUGCAAACAUCCUGACAACACCGAAAGGGACUAUAUUAGCAUCCUGAGAAAGGUAAUAAGGAUUAAGUUUUAUGUUGAACAGACUAUAGAAGAGUUUCUCUUGAUUUACAAUGUGGAAGUUUGCUUAACCAUUCCAUUCGUCUCUUAGGAGUAAAUCAUGAGAUCAUAUCAAGAAAAGAAACAGAUAUGGAAGGAGAAUACAGGAUCUUUGAACUUCUCUUCCAUGUUAAGUAUUCCUCAGAGAACAUGGUCAUUGAGAGGGUGAGACUGAGGGUUCCAUAUUCAGCUAUGGCCAACACGCUAUUUAGAGGGUUACCUCACACUUUUCUAUUUAUAUUCAGAUUGGGAAAAUGUGAUCAGAUCCAGCAUUCCUAGGGAGCAGGUUCAGGUGUCUUGGUCCCUUGGAGCUAAUGUUUAAGCUCAAUUAUGUCAAUUGAUUGGAACUGAAACCCUUGUUGCUAAAACCAAAAAUAAGAGACAGGUUUGGAGGGUGAUCUCUUUUAUCGGUUCACCCAAUCGAGCCUUUAUUAAUAUGCACACUGUUGCAUAUUUGUGUACAAAAAUACCCUUAUAAUGGUGGGUAUAAAAUACAGCAGCA